CUUGUCGGAUGGGAGACAGCGACGCGCAGCAGACAGGAUGACAAACCAGUCGACAGCUAACCAGUCCAACACAAACAAGGUGAAGGAGAAAGAGGAAAGCCAGCGAGAUGACAACACAGACGUCGCAUAUAAAGAUGCAGGCCACUGUAGUCGGAACACCCACAACCUGCUGCUGGGCCUCACUGUUCUGGGUGUUGUUAUGGGUGCGGUGUUUGGGAUGCUGCUGCGGUACAUGAAGGUGACGGACAGCAGUGCCCUCACCAUGGUUUCCUUCCCAGGAGACAUCCUCAUGAGGAUGCUGAAGAUGCUCAUUCUGCCUCUAAUCAUCUCCAGCCUCAUCACAGGGCUGGCUGGUCUGGAUGCCCGCUCCAGUGGCAGGAUGGGUAGCAGAGCCAUGGUGUACUACAUGUCCACUACCAUUAUUGCUGCCAUCCUCGGGGUCAUCCUGGUGAUUGGAAUCCACCCCGGGAACCCCAAACUGAGGUCAGGUGCGUCAAACUCAGCCCCGAAGAACCAGGAGGUCAGCAGUCUGGACGCCUUCUUGGACCUGCUCAGAAACCUUUUCCCUGAGAACCUGGUGCAGGCCUGCUUCCAACAGGUUCAGACGGUGCUGAAAAAGGAGUCAGUGGCAGCACCAAACCAAACUGAGCCCAUCAUAGUGAACAGAAAGACACUGGAAUACAAAUGGGGCAUGAACGUCCUC